UUGAGGGCGGGGUGCGUGUGGCGAGCCUCUGGUUCGGCGCGGGGGGUCGCGGGGUUCUGUGAGAGCGGCCGCUCCUUGGAGGCGGGCUGGGCUCGGCCUCUUUGUGAGGUGGGGGGGCGGGUUGUCCGGCUGGCCUCAGGCGGUAGCCGGGUAAGCAGCUGGAGUCCAGGAGCUGGCCUGCUGCUGAGCUCGGAGAUCUGCUUGCUUUGCCAGCUUGUGCCCCUGCUGCUGGUCCGGGUGCAGGGCAGGAGCAGUGCUGGUAUCGCUGCAGCUGCACGUAUGGUGGAAGUGUCCAGAGCGAGCUGUAUUGGGCUAGAAGAAUGUUUGAGGGAGAAAUGGCAAGUCUAGAAGCCAUCCUGAAAACAGGGACAAUAAAAGUGCCUAAACCCAUCAAAGUUAUAGACCUGCCUGGGGUCAGUACUCUGUUUGUGAUGGAACAUUUGGAAAUGAGAGGCUUAAACAGGCAUUCAUCAAAGCUUGGAACACAACUGGCUGAUCUCCACCUUCAUAACCAGCAACUUGGAGAGAAACUGAAGAAAGAAGAGAGCACAGUUGGUAAAGGGCAAGGGCAAAUGGAAGUCCAGUUUGUGGAUCAGUUUGGCUUUCAUACAGUUACCUGCUGUGGCUAUCUUCCACAGGUGAAUGACUGGCAGGCUGACUGGGUCACUUUCUUUGCCAGGCAAAGAAUCCAGCCCCAAAUGGAUAUGAUUGAAAAGAAUUCAGGAGACAGGGAAGCAAGAGAACUUUGGGCACGACUUCAGCUGAAGAUACCCAGUUUGUUCUGUGAUGUAGAAAUUGUUCCUGCUCUCCUGCAUGGAGAUCUCUGGGGAGGAAAUGUUGCAGAGGAUGAUUCUGGUCCGAUUAUUUUUGAUCCAGCUUCCUUCUAUGGCCAUUCAGAGUAUGAGCUUGCAAUAGCUGGGAUGUUUGGUGGUUUCAGCAGUUCUUUUUACUCUGCUUAUCACAGUAAAAUUCCCAAAGCUCCAGGGUUUGAAAAGCGUCUAAAGCUUUAUCAGCUUUUUCACUACAUGAACCAUUGGAACCAUUUUGGUUCAGGGUACAGAGGGUCUUCUCUAAACAUUAUGAGAAAUCUGGUAAAGUGACUUCUUGCUCAAGCAGGAUGCUGCCUGUGUUGCUUGGAUAAGUGUACACUUGGUGAUGCAACUACAGGGGUGGCAAUGUUAAAAUAGCUAUUAGAUCCUCGACCCCACUGCCCAGCUUAAGACCUAGAAUCAGUGAGUCCUACUGAGUACCAGAUAUGGCAUAUUCUCCCUUUUUAGCUGUUUUAGUUAGAGAGGGAAAUGGAGGAGUUUAUUUGGUUGUAUAAAAGAUCCACUGAUGUCAAGAAGGCAUUGUGUGCUUGAGACUAGGCAAGUUAAUAGAAAUGAAAGCACUCAAGUGUAAAUUAUUUGGAAGAAGAUUUCUUAGGGACCAGUUGCUCUUAAGAGUAGAGAAAUGCCAGGGAUUGCAUUUGUACUCUAAUGGAAAAUAUUAGAGGAGUGUUUGUGAAAUGGAAAUCUGCUUUUCUUAAUUACUGAGCAGAUGGCGAGAAAAUUUGCUCCUUGCUUUUUGCUGUUCCUCCUUCCUGUUCCAUGAUAGAUUGCUCAGAUCCCUUCAAGUCUUAAUUUCCAGUUAGGUGCGUGGAAACAGUAUUAACAAAAUAUUUGGACAGCCAACAAGACAAUUUUGUAAUUGAAACUGUAAAAAGGGAUUUGGACUUGUUAAUCAUUUUGUUAAUGCAAUUUCAUUGGAUGGAAACUGCUUCUCAUUCUGUUGAAAAGCAGUGUGAAAUUUAUAUUUUUCUGACGUGCAUUUUGAUGCCACAUGACCUUCCUGUAGGCUGUUCUGUGCUUGCCAGUCAGCCAGUUCCCACCUAGAGUAAUUUUAUUUUCACUGAAACUAGCUCUAUUUUCUGAGUUAUACUUUUGUCUGAUAGCAUGCAUUCUUAAAGCAGAAUUUCUCAAGUAAGACACUCUACUUGUGUAUAUCAUGUGAAGAUGUGCACCUUCCUGUUAAUGACAGAGUACUUCUUGAUUGCUGUCAUUGCCCACAGGCUAAUGCUAUCAAACUGUACAUUCCUCACAUAAAUUAUGUAGUUUAGCCUACAGGUGCCCUAAGUUAACUUAUUUUUUUCAGUACCCACUAAGUGCACUUUUUAGCUCUUGGGAUAAGAGACAUGGAACCAAAAGAAGUUCAGAUGUAAUUUACAGAACAGCAACUCUUCAUCACUGCCAGAAAUGAUUUAAUGAUAGCUUUGCAGAUUAGCUACUUGUUGUACUUGCAAGAUAAUACUAAAACCCUGCUGUUUUUUAUAUAGGCUGGUAAUGAAAUUGCAGUGCAGGAGUGCCAGGUAUGUGAGAUAAAUGCAUGACUCCUAACAUAAACUUUAAGUGUUUGGGAAUGAUUUGAAUUAAAAAUAUUUUUCACUGGAUAUUGAAAGAUCAUUGAAAGUUUUCUAGUUGUUGGUUUUGCAGUUAUUUGUAAGGAUUGGAAGCAAUUUUAGGGAAGACAAUCACUUGAUAUAACUUUGCAUAGUUCUACCACUGUACUCAUUGGCUGUUGAACUUUUGCUGCAAAAAGUUGUAAAGCCUUGCUUGGUAGAAUAGCUGUUCCUUUUGUCUUGUUUCAUAAU